GGUUCAGUUCAGUUCCGGUACCCGUGACAGGAAAGUGAACGAUUGUUGUGCAAGUUCUUGCCGGCACUGGUCCUGCAAGUUAGUGCUAUAUUCAGUGCCAUUUGUUGAGAGAGCAGAUUGGCUAGUGAUUAAGGGAAAACAUUCUGGAAAAGCGUGAAACUCAUCGACCGUGUCAGCAAUGAAGGCUGCCGUGGUAGCUGGAUUACUGCUGCUCAGCAUUGCUAGUAUCAACGCAGCCACCGAUCGCGUUGUGUGCUACUUUGGAAGCUGGGCAACGUACCGAAUCGGCAAUGGAAAGUACGACGUGGAAAACAUCAACCCGAACCUCUGUACCCACAUCAUCUACACGUUCGUUGGGCUCGACACCAAGGGAAACGUGAAGAUUCUGGACAGCUGGCUCGAUAUCAGUCUCGGCGGUUACUCACGUUUCGUGCAGCUCAAGCAGCGCAAUCCUAAUGUGAAGCUGCUGGUAGCGAUCGGAGGAUGGAACGAGGGUUCCGCUUCGUACUCGACGAUGGCCAACUCCGAUCUGCUGCGUGCCGUGUUCGUCGAGUCGGCAGUAGCCUUCGUGAAGCGGUACGGGUUCGAUGGGUUCGACGUGGAUUGGGAGUAUCCGACACUGCGUGGUGGCUUGCCGGAGGAUCGCGUUGGCUUCAUAAAGCUGCUGCGCGAUCUUCGAGCGCGAUUCGAUCAGGAAGGGUUACUGCUGUCGAUUGCGACUGCGGCGACGGCUGACUAUCUGCAGUCUGCGUACGAUGUGCCGGAGAUCAACAAGUACGUACAUUUCGUCAACUUGAUGGCGUACGAUCUGCAUGCGUACUGGGACGCACAGACUGGUGCGAAUGCACCGAUGUAUCCGAAUUCUUGGGAAACUGGCUUUACCACCAAAAUGCUCAAUGUGGACGCUUGUGUGAAGGCUUGGCUUGGUGCGGGACUUUCCCCAUCGAAGCUAAACCUUGGAGUUCCUGUGCAUGGGCACAGCUUCAAGCUAGCUUCCACUGCUGACACCCGUAUUGGAGCACCAACAGUCGGGCCAGGCGAUGCUGGACCAUACACCCUGGAGCCGGGAACCCUGUCCUAUCUGGAAGUUUGUGAAAAGCUGGCCGCAGGAGGAUACACGCAAGCAUUCAGCAAUGAGCAGAAGGUCCCGUAUGCCUUCCGAGGCAAUCAGUGGAUAUCGUACGACAACACGUACUCUAUCGCGUUAAAGGUACAGUACGCCAAGCAGUUGAAUCUCGGUGGAGUCAUGGUCUGGUCCAUCGAGUCUGAUGACGCAAAGGGAAUCUGUGGUGAGGGACAGAACCCGAUCACGUCGGCGGUGUACAAAGAAGUGUUCGGGACGGGCGGGGCAACGCAGGGACCUACUCAAACGCCAGCCGUCACCACCAUAACCACUACGGCACGUCCUGCUACGACUACAACUACGACUGCCUACAGAACCACCACCACGACCACUACUACUCGUCCCAAUCAAAAGCUGGUCUGCCCAUCGAGUGGAUACCUGAGGGAUCCCAACAAUUGCGCUCAGUUCUACCAGUGCUACCCUGGACUCUCUACUGAUCAACUAACGACUUGUGACGUUUGCUUCAUUUCAGACAAAGUGUUUUGUUUCUUCGACAACCAGGCCACAUACCGCGUCGGAGAAGGCAAAGUGACGAUCGAAGAUAUCAACUCCAAUCUCUGCACGCACAUCGUGUACACCUCGAUCUCUCUGACAGCCGCCGGUAAGACGCAGCUGCUCGACAGCUUUACCGACGUUACGAAUGGAGGCUUUACACGGUUCAAAAGCAUCUGCGAGCGGAAUCCUGGCGUAAAGUGCAUGAUCGGACUGACCAGUGGCCUUUCGGGGUCGAAGAUAUUUACCACCAUGAUGAACUCUGCCCAGCUGCGCAGCACUGCGGUAUCGUCCAUCAUGAGCCUGCUGAUCCAGCAGUACAAAUUCGAUGGGCUGGACGUAUACUGGCAGUACCCGGUGCUGAAGGGAGGCAAUCCUGAGGAUCGGUACAACUUUGUGUACUUCAUUGCGGAGCUGUCAGCUAACAUGCGCAUGUACGGGCUAGUGCUGUCGAUCAGCGUUGCGCCCACGAACGAUUUCUUCAUGUCCAGCUACGAUGUGCCGAAUUUGAUGAAGUCCGUCGACUACUUCAACAUUAUGGCGUUCGAUCUGCAUAGCUAUUGGGACGGUAAAACGGGCCACCAGUCAGCGCUGUACUCUAGCGGCAAGGAAACGACACUGUACGAAACGCAACUCAACGUGGAUUCGAUCGUGAGCGGUUGGAUAGCGGAAGGCGUACCCCCUUCCAAGCUGAUCUUGGGCAUUACAGCGUCCGCGAACGUUAUGAAGCUGUACUACACGAACGAGACGGGCCUUGGGGCGAGAACUGCUGGCCGAGCCGAUGAGGGCCCGUACACGACGACCGAAGGAUUGAUGUCGUACCCGGAGCUGUGUGUGGAACGUGCGAAAGCUGGCUGGGAGACAGUGCUGGAUGGGAUUCAGCAGGCGUACUAUGCCCACAACAAACGUAUCUGGGCCACGUUCGAGCAGGACCGAACGAUCAAGUUGAAGGGUUCGUACGUCAUAACGCGUGGUCUAGCGGGGAUGGCGCUGUUCUCGAUGGAAAAUGAUGAUGUGAAGAACAAGUGUGGAUUGGGAAAUUACCCACUGCUGACGGCUGUCAAUACGGGCUUGAACAGACGAAUUCCUACGGAUGGUCAGACUACCACAACUACGACUAAGGCUCCCACAACUACGACUAAGGCUACCACAACUACGACUAAAGCUACCACAACUACUACCAAGCCGACCACGACUACAACUAAGCCGACAACGACCACCACUAAACCAACCACAACUACAACGGCAAAACCAUCCAAGCUACCAACCGUGUGUCCCAGGAAUGGAUACGUCCGGGAUCCAAACAACUGCAGCGUUUACUACCGAUGCAUUCCGAAUGGAACAUUCUUCACUUCCUGGAAGUAUAGCUGCAUGAACGGGCUUUACUUCAAUCUGGUUACUAGCACCUGCGAUUACCCUAACCGUGUGGACUGCUAGAACGAGGUGUGGAACUGAUGCGGCAUUUCCUUAAAAUUAACCUAGCGAGAUCAUUUUGUUGGUGAUGGUGCAGUUCCUUAACAAAUAGAAAUACAAUAUUAGAUCCGAAUACACUUACUAGCUUUAAAAAAACCUUGAGGACAUUCAAGCAAACGGUGGCUGUCUGAUUAUUACUGCAGCGAAGCGAAACCAAAUCUUGCCGGACGAAACGAAUAGAACAAAAGUCAUUUGUGUGUAAAUGAGUUUGACUUGCGAAUCGAAAACCCGGAUCUAGGGGGUGAGAAAAACGGCGAGUCAUGGAAAAAUUCGCGAGAAAAUGGACUCAAAGGGGCGGGAGCUACCGUUACAAUUUGUUUUUUAAAUCCGAUCUUUGGUGGCUUUAAAAUCGUUGUAAAAUAGCAAACGCUGUCUAGAAAUGUUUAAAUUCUUUAAGAUAAAGGCAAAUAAAGUAUCUAAAAGUUUGGUGAAAGGUA